AUGAAAAUAUUAUUCGGCUUGCUAGCAACCGCUCUGCCCAUUCUCACGGAGGGAGCAGACUGUACCUUUUGCUUCAACGAUGACGAAGUUUCCAACCUGGGUGCCGCCACUCCCAACAUGGCUACCAUCAAACGAUCCUGUUUGGAUCUAAAGGCAGAGUAUGAAGUCCGAAAGGAGUCUCUCAGCAAGAAUGGAGCCGAAAAGCGGUGCGUUGAAUUUCAAUUGGAGGGAUAUCAAACUGGGUGCUGCAACCAAUUCAACCCAGAUGGUUGUGGAAUCUGUCCCGAUGGCAGUCCUCCUGGUGAAGGUUAUGUCGUUCCCACGGAAGGAUCGGGUGAUCCUAAUCCCGAAGAGUGUGAGGGAUACUCGUUCCAACCCUAUUCGAGCAAUGGAAUCUUUACGGAAGGAAGUUGUGCAGACACUCGGGCCCAACGUAGUGCCUUUUACUGUGGCUGUCCUGGACAAUACCAACAAGUCUUUCUCUGUCCCGACAAGCGUCCUCCUGGUCGAAGAAGACGGGGAGAUUUCACUAGAAGUGAAAACUGUGGACAAACCGAAUAUUUGUUUUCGCUGUUCAAGGAGUUUGAAAUUACCGAUAUCAACAUGGAUUUUGGAUUUCACUACCAAGCUUGGUGCGAAUGUAAUGACCACGAGGGUAAUCAAGUCGUCUUGGAGAAUGAAUUCAACUGUCCAUUCUGUCCCGAUGGUGUUGACAUUAAGGAAGGCUUCCACGAUGUUGUCUUUAAUGAAGACACUGCACUCGUGGACAUUAAUGGAAAGUACGAUUACCGACGCACCUGUGCCCAAGUGGCCGACUUUACUCGGUAUGUCACCACCAAAUUUCGGUGCAGUAACGAGAAUAUUGAAAUUGCCAGACAAUUCUGUUGCCCAGCACCGGGUCUUGGUGUGACCUUUGGACUUUUCAUUACUGGAAUUGUCAUGGUGCAAAACUUGUUCUUUUAG